UGGCCCCAAGGACUCUCGCUGCUCGCCAUUGGCUGGCCUCACGCGAUGGGCGUGUCUUGACCGGUGGUUGCGUCCGGGUAAAGAUGGCGUUGGAAGAGCAGUGCUCGGCGCCACCUCGAUGGCGGUCCAUAUCGCUAACACACGUCGAGUUUGCCGAGGAUGACCUGACGGGACACCUGCUGGCCUACAUCAGCCUUCUGCCUCUUGCCAUCCUGGUGGGCUUUGUGACCCUCAUUGUUUUUAAACGGGAGCUGCACACGAUCUCCUUCUUUGGUGGGCUCACCCUCAACGAGGCUGUGAACUGGAUACUCAAACACCUACUCCGAGAGCCGCGGCCAUGUGCAGGGACUCAUUCGGCGAUGAGCAGCGACUAUGGGAUGCCGUCCAGUCAUUCCCAGCUCAUCUGGUUCUUUGUUGUUUACUUUUUUCUUUUUCUUUAUUUAAGAAUGCACCAGACCAACAACGCUCGCUGCGUGGACCUCCUGUGGAGACACGUCCUGUCCGUCGUCCUGUUGGCCGUGGCCUUCGCCGUCUCCUACAGCAGGGUGUACCUGCUGUACCACACGUGGAGCCAGGUGUUCUACGGCGGCGUGGCGGGCAGCGUCAUCGCCGGGCUCUGGUUCUUCAUCACGCAGGAGCUGCUCACCCCGUUGUUCCCCAAAAUAGCGGCAUGGCCUGUAUCCGAGUACUUCCUGGUGCGCGACACCAGCCUGAUUCCCAACAUCUUGUGGUUCGAGUACACGGUGACGCGUUCGGAAGCCAGAAACAGACAACGAAAGCUGGGCACAAAACUCCAGUGAGCCCCUCGCACGCAUUUGACAGAAAAACACUGGAGGACUUGCGGACUCGAGUUGACGGGUAGAAAAAAAACCAAGCGGGGAGGCACUGGCUUGUACACGCACACGCACGCACACACGCACGCCUCGUCCUUGUACAGCUCGUUGGUGCAUGCCACGCCGUGCGAGAGGCCAACUAUUUAAACAAUAGAUGAAAUAUUUGAAGUGAGCGCACACUGAUGGGGUCACCUGACCUCCCAGGAGCUGAACUGCAGGCUUUUCUUCACAACUAAUUGUCACACUGCAGCAAUUUUUUAAUCUUCUGACACAAACCUGAGUUUUUCCCCUUAAUGCUGAAGAAAUUUGUGAUUUCGAGGGAAACAAAUGCACUUUGUAAAAAAAAAAAAAAAAAAAGAAUGACGCCCCGGUUAAAUGUUAAGGAACCAUUGGAACAGUCUGCCGACGGGGUGGCCCAACACUCGCGGACGGUGGGGCCACCGUAAAGUUGGAUCUCCCUGUCGUGCUUUGCUUUGCACACUUAUCCAAAUUGCGCUUCGAUAUUAACGAGUUCUUUUGGUAUCACCGAACUUUCUGGAAUUUGCGACAACCUUGAAUGGUAAUGACUUUUUCUUUCCUCAUCAUCCUUUUUGAAUGUAUUUGCAGUUUUUUUUUACAAGUGAAAUUGUAAUACAAGAAAUGAAAUGUAGCCGUACAUUUCAGUGAAUCGGUGAGUUCAUUUCAGUAGUUCGCUUGAGACGGACAGUUAGCGAAACGAUUAUUUUCUCCAACUCAAGCCCAAACCGUUUCCGCCGGUCAGUGUCAUACACCAAACCAAACUUGAAGCGUAGUGUAAAAAGAAUACCUACAUUGACCAUAUUUGGACGUGCAGUGUUUUUGCCCGAUAGCGAAGAUAAGAAACAGUCAAAUAGAUUUUGAAUUGUUGUUAAAACGAUGUUUCAUUUUCUCUUGAGUGGAUGUCUCAUUUACACAUUUGGCUUUUGAGCUACUGAAAUGAAGCUUUUUCUAUGAACUCAAUUCAGUAUUUUAUAACUUUUUUUUUCCCCGUUACCUUCUUUGAGAAGAAUUACUGCAGUAAAUUUCCUUUCAUUGCCAUUUAUUUGUCCAAUUUCAAGAUUUUUCUUUCGCCCCCCCCUCAGUUUUACUCUUCAUGAACGUUUGUGUGCAAAUCCAAGUUUACAGAGAAGCAGGUCAUUUUUGGACCAAGGUGAUUUUGAUUUGCUUUUUAUGCCUCAUUUGCGUCUUGGAGUUUUUUUUUUUUUUUUUUAAAGAAUUUUGUAAUGAUCAUGUUCUUGUUCAUAUAAGUUUUUUUUUUGUACAUUUCUAAGACAACACUCUGCAUCCUUUUCAAGAGCGCUUAAAUCCUGUUUUUUUUUUUUUUUAUAUGAAAAAAAGAAUCAUUUUUGAAGAAAGGGAAAAAAUGAAUAAAAAUCCAUAAACAAGGCUGGUUGUAGCAUGUGAUGUGGAAUUCCGACCACUCCCGAUCCGAGUGUCAUAUCAGUAUCAAAAAGGGAAAGAGAAAUAUUAUUUCCUUGUGUAUUCUCUAUCAGGCUGAAUAAACGUGUUGACGUACAAAGUUCCA